UUUUACAGUUCCUUGUUUACAGUGCUGUUUUACGAAGGAGAAAUCAUGGAAGCUUUGACAGCGAUCGUCGGAUCGUUCUCUACGCUAUUUUUUAUUGGAACAGCUACACUCUUGCUCGUUUGGUGGUAUGCCACACGGAAUCAUAAUUACUGGAAGAAGAGGAACAUUCCUUUUGUCAAGCCAUUACCAUUUCUUGGUUCCUUAAUGGAUUUAUUCAAGAAGCCUUUACAUAUUGUUGAAAUUGAAAGAUACAACACAUAUGGGAAAAUUUAUGGGCACUUCGAAGCAAAUAGGCCUAUUUUAGCAGUUAGCGAUCCAGCAAUACUAAGAAAUAUACUGGUGAAAGAUUUUCAUCUUUUUACCAGUCGAAGGAGUCUGGAAUCAGGUAAUCCUAUCUUCGACAACAUGGUUGUUACGUUACAAGGUGAAGCUUGGAAAAGAGUUCGUACGAUUAUUACUCCAACUUUUACUACCGGAAAGAUAAAAAGGAUGAUGGGUAUUUUCACAAAGUGUGCUCAGACUUGUGUAAAAAACUAUACGAAGUUUGCUGAAUCUGGAGAACCAGCUGAACUAAAGAACUUAUAUGGUGCGUUUACAAUGGAUGUUAUCGCAAGUACUGCAUUCUCUACAAAACUUGAUUCGCACAACGAUCCGAGUAAUAAAUUUGUAGCUGCAGCAAAGCAAGUCUUCACCAAAAACAUAAGCUGGAGAGCUGUACUUCUAUUUCUAGCUCCUAGUCUCCUCAAGAUUUUCCGUAUCAGCUUGUUUCCUCCAAAUGUGUUGCAAUUCUUCAAGGACAUCACUCUUGAAAUAAUAGAAGAACGCAAAAGAACAGGACAGGUGAGAAAUGACUUUCUUCAGUUAUUAAUGGACACAGCAGAGGAAGUUGAAGACCAGAAAAAUCAAAAAAUCACAGAACACGAAGAUUUAACAUCCAACUAUGGGAAAGAUUUUUCUGGUGCACAAAUAUUCAAGAAUGUCAGCAACAAAAGACUCUCUCCUGAUGAACUCGUUGCACAAUGUGUAAUAUUUUUUCUCGCUGGAUAUGACACCACGGCAUCAACCCUGGCAUUCGCUAGCUACCUAUUAGCUCUCAAUCCAGAUGUACAAGAAAAACUGAUUGCUGAAAUAGAUAAAGCCCUUAGCGCCCCUAAAGAAGAAUUGACUUAUGAAACUCUUCAAAACAUGAAAUAUCUUGAUAACGUUAUUUCUGAAACUUUGAGACUCUAUCCAGCUGCUCCUAGAUUGGAACGUGUAGCAGAUGAAGAAUAUAAGAUAGAAAACGAGGGAAUAACAAUACCAAAAGGAAUGCUAAUCAGCAUCCCAAUAUGCGGUAUACAGAGAGAUCCCGAAUAUUUUCCGGACCCCGAAAAGUUCGAUCCUGAUCGAUUUACCCCCGAAGAGCGAGCCAGCAGAGACCAGUACGUUUACAUGCCGUUUGGAAUGGGUCCGAGAAACUGUAUUGGAAUGCGAUUUGCCCUUAUUGAAAUCAAAGUUUGCCUCGUUCUAAUGCUCAGCAACUUCAGGUUCAAAAGGAGCUCAGCCACAAAAGUUCCUUUGGAAUUUUAUACAGGACAGAAUAUGCAACCAAAAGAAAUGAUGGUGGGACUUGAACAGAGAACAGAUGGUUUUAAAGCUUGAUAAUUUUCGCUAUAACCCUGUAUAUAAAGCAUUAUACAUGGGGUGAAUCUAAAAAAGUUGGCCACACUGUAUGGAAUGAUAUAACGCAGCUUUACGAACAAAAUAUUCGUCAUACAAUGCUUGGUCGAAACGCUAAACAGUAAGAGUGAGAAGUUGUUAGAAGUUAGUUUUCCAGUCACAUUUAAACAAUUAAUACAAGAAUGGGUGUAGAUACGUCAGAAAACAUUUUAUCAACAGGGAUAUAAUUUGUUAAAUCUUCAUAGCAAUUGGUUCGUAUAGCUACGUUCUAUCACCCCGUUAAGUUUGACCCACAUUUUCAGAUGCAAACUGUACAUAAAUGACUUUGCUUCCUCCUGACUUGUGAAACAUUGUGUAUUUGCUUGCAGGUGCAAACUCUGCUUGUUUUUAGAAACUGUAGAAGAGACAAUGAGCCUAUGUAUUAUUUUUAUUGAGAUUAUUUUUUAGGACAUUUCAUUAUAUUAUUUUCGAAGCACUCAAAAAUAAAACUUUUGUUUCUGUAAAAA